GCUGACUUAAAUGGAAGGAUUGCAAUGGCAUCUACAGUCAAGCAGAGCACCACCAAUGGCUUGUACAAUGAGGAUAGAAACUUGCUCCGAAUUCGUGAGCGAGAGAGACGGAAUCAGGAGGCUCUGCAGGAGAGAGACACGUUCCCAGAAAACGCCCCCCUCUUUGCCGAACCUUACAAGACUAAUAAAGAGGAUGAGUUGUCAAGCCGUAUUCAGAACAUGCUGGGCAAUUAUGAGGAGGUCAAGGAGCUCAUCAGCACCAAAUCCCAUCAGGAUCUGAUCGGGGUACCAAAAAGUGUUGUUCCUCUGAUCCCCCAAGGAAGGCCCGAUCGCCCAUGCUUCCAUGAAAAGACCAGCCAUAUGUUAGCACCUCCAUUCCAGCACACAGCCCGCCACCAGCCCAUGGGACCUCCCGCUGUAGCUCCUCCCCCUCCAAGCAACCUCAUUCACUACCAAAAGACACAAUCAAGGACGCAGCCAGCGUCAGGUUUGCACACCAAAACUCCCAGCUUAUCCAGCAGUCGAAGCCAAGGUCAAGAACACAGGCGUGGUGGCCAGGAAAGUCACGCCGGUUCUCACCACAAGAGAAAUGACCGGCGUGUCGUUGGCGAAGGUCGUUCCGAUGAACUGCAGGCCUCCCUUUUGGAGCUUUCUCCGUUGUUGUCAUCUUUGUCUUCUCCGGUCGCACCCCUGUCUCCUCUACAUUCCAGCCAGCGUAUCAAUUCCAGGUCACAGAAGAGCAACAAAAGUCACGGGCCGUCCUACAGUCAAACAAAAUCACCUCAGGAGCAGGUGGCAGGGGCCCAGGAGAAUGAAAGCCGGGACAGUUCAGCCGUUAACUUGACUGGUGCCACUCAGCCUUCAUCUCAGACCUUUCCCCCAUCUUUGCCAUCAAAAACCAGUGCAAUGCAGCAGAAACCUACUGCUUAUGUCAGACCAAUGGAUGGCCAAGAUCAGGCACCAGUUGAAUCACCGGAGCUCAAGCCUCUUGCGGAGGAAUUCCAUGGAGAACCCUAUGAAAAAAUCUCGGACCUGAAGGCGAAUGCCAAGGCCAAAUUAUCCAAACUGAAAAUCCCAUCUGAGCCCAUUGAGCAAACCUUCCCCAGUGAUGUACACUGUGUUGAAGAAAUCUUGAAGGAAAUGACCCACUCAUGGCCACCUCCUUUGACAGCUAUUCAUACACCGAGCACAGCAGAGCCCUCAAAAUUUCCAUUUCCGUCAAAGGAUUCCCAGCAUGUUGGAUCUGUAGCACAGAAUCAGAGUAAGUAG